AUGAAGUCGUUCUCCAGCUCUGCCAUCAAUAAAUCGGGCAAAAAGUUUGCGCCCAAGGCGCCUGUCCGCCGUCCCGCGCCUGCUGUAGCAGGAGCGCGACGGCCCAGUGCGACCCGGCAGGCCCAAGUGCAGGCUGCCCAGAAUUCACAGGAAAUACCAAAAGAGAACGUUGUUGCUGAGCCAACACCAGCUCUUCCAUCUGCUUCCCCGGCAGAAGUUGAGCAGCCAGCUGUAACUGAAAAAGCACUGCCCGUCGAGUCACGAGAAACAGCAAAGUCGGCACCAAAACCAACGGCCAUUCCUAUUCCUCUUCCAAAGCGCAAAUCCCCCGCACCUACAACCGCUCCUAUAACAGCCUCACAACUCAUUCUGACUCCCACUCCAACUGCACCUGCGUAUACCACCGAAACGGACGGUUCCACCUCUCCUCGUACGGUGCCUGAUAAACCAACCAUCGUCCCCUCUAUUGAACGUGAUGUGGAACAAGCCGUUGCAAAUGAGGUCGCAUUUGAGGCCGCCCAACCUGCGGCAGAUGUUGGCCUUCUGAACGACGCGCCUUCCAUGCCAGAGCCAAGCCUUGAAUUCCAGAAGACACCUCCAAUUCAACUUAAACGCGCCAAGAAAACCUCAGAGAUCACUAAGCCUAGAAGUAAGCCACGCCCUAGGGGCCCUGUUGCAACUUCCCCGGCUACACAAGGUACAGACUCUACAUCUCGUCAAGCAAGCGCCACGCCGACGGCCUCGGGAGCAGCCUCAUCUGUCGCUCUUUCUACUCCAGAGCCCAGCCAAACGUCCAUAAACGGGAAGAAGCGAAAAGCCUCCAAGGCCGGAACCUCGGGUUUUGAUGGAACGGAGAAACCGAAAAAGACUCGUCGUCGAGUGAAACGCGAGUCUACACCCGAAGAUGCAGAGACGGUCGAAAUUCUGCCUAACGUCAUCAAGAUGUCGGAACUAUGUAAAGAUCUGAAGACUGGCAGAAAGUCUAAGCGCGAAAUUGAGCUACGUCGAAUAGAGGCAGAAGAACAAGAACGAAAACAGAAGGCGCAAAAUGAGGAAACUCCAGCCGAAACACCAACUAAAGCCGAUGUGGAGAAUGCAGACACGGCAAACAAGGAAAAGAAAGACCGUUUGGACGAAGGUUCAAACAAUGCAACUGGUCCAGUUAUGCGCAUUGUCAACGGCGAGAUUGUGCUCGACGCGUCCUCACUUCAGGUAGAUCGCCAUGCCGAUGCGGAACGGGAUGCAGGCGACAUGAUUACCGUCGAGGAGAAUCAGCUUACUAGGAAAAUCAACCAGUCCACUUACGGCAAGCGGACCAAAACGGAAAGCUGGGAUGAGGAAAUGACUGAUUUGUUCUAUCGCGGUCUCCGCAUGUUUGGAACUGACUUCCAAUGUAUCAGCAAAAUCUUUCCCGGGCGAUCCCGCAGACAAAUUAAGCUUAAGUUUAACAAUGAGGAGCGAAAAGACCCGCAGCGUAUCAAAGACACGCUUUUUGGUCCACGAGAGACCAUUGACCUUGCCUCGCUAGAGCAAAUGACCAACGUUAUAUUUGACGACCCUCAGGUUGUUCAAAGGGAACUCGAUGCGGAGAGAGUGGAAAUUGAGAAGCAGCACGAGAAGGAGAAGCAAUUGCAAGAAGAGAUGUUGCGCAACCCCACGGGUGCAGGUGCCGAUGAAAAUGCCGCAGACGACCAGACCAAUGCUGCAUUGGCCAAAAACAAGAAACGCAACGCUAAAAAGAAGUCCGCGGGAAUCAGUGGCGGUACAGAAGAAGUUAUUGGCAAUAUCGACGACUAA